UCGAUGAACAAAUGAAAUACGGCAACGUCACGCACGAAGUGGUGAACCAAAGUGAUUGUUCAUUCGGCGUUUCAAAAAUUGUAAAUUCACGGAUUGUAACUAUAAUUUUUAGUAAAAAUGGCAGACAAUAAAAGCCCUGAUGAUCUCUCGACCGCGAUCCUGCGCCGCAAGGACAGGCCCAACAGGCUCAUCGUGGAGGAGGCGGUCAGCGACGACAACUCGGUGGUCGCGUUAUCACAGGCCAAAAUGGAGCAGCUACAACUAUUCCGUGGAGACACAGUGCUACUCAAAGGCAAGAGACGUAAGGAAACUGUCUGCAUCGUCCUGUCAGACGACAACUGCCCCGAUGAGAAGAUCCGCAUGAACCGUGUGGUUAGGAACAACCUGCGAGUCAGGCUGUCAGACGUGGUGUCCAUAGCACCGUGCCCAUCUGUCAAGUACGGCAAGCGAGUGCACAUACUGCCCAUCGAUGAUUCUGUUGAAGGUUUGACUGGAAACCUGUUCGAAGUGUACCUGAAGCCUUACUUCAUGGAGGCAUACAGGCCCAUCCACCGUGACGACACCUUCAUGGUGCGUGGAGGCAUGCGAGCGGUGGAGUUCAAAGUGGUGGAGACCGACCCCUCUCCUUACUGCAUCGUGGCACCUGAUACGGUCAUACAUUGCGAGGGAGAGCCCAUCAAGCGUGAGGAAGAAGAAGAAGCAUUGAACGCUGUGGGUUACGACGACAUCGGCGGCUGCCGCAAGCAGCUGGCUCAGAUCAAAGAGAUGGUGGAGCUGCCUCUGCGGCACCCGUCGCUGUUCAAGGCCAUCGGCGUGAAGCCACCGCGCGGCAUCCUCAUGUACGGCCCGCCUGGUACCGGGAAGACGCUGAUCGCACGUGCUGUCGCUAAUGAGACCGGCGCAUUCUUCUUCCUAAUCAACGGUCCGGAGAUCAUGUCGAAACUGGCCGGUGAAUCGGAGUCCAACCUGCGUAAGGCGUUCGAGGAGGCUGACAAGAACUCUCCAGCCAUCAUCUUCAUCGAUGAGCUGGACGCCAUCGCUCCGAAGAGAGAGAAAACCCAUGGGGAGGUGGAGCGACGCAUCGUGUCGCAGCUGCUGACUUUGAUGGACGGCAUGAAAAAGUCGUCCCACGUGAUCGUAAUGGCGGCGACCAACCGUCCGAAUUCUAUCGACCCGGCGCUGCGCCGUUUCGGACGCUUCGACCGCGAGAUCGAUAUCGGCAUCCCGGACGCCACCGGACGCCUGGAGAUCCUCCGCAUUCAUACUAAGAACAUGAAGCUGGGUGAUGACGUCGAUUUGGAACAGAUCGCGGCCGAGUCUCACGGUCACGUGGGCGCGGAUCUCGCGUCUCUGUGCUCGGAGGCGGCUCUGCAGCAGAUCCGCGAGAAGAUGGACCUCAUCGACCUCGAAGAUGACCAGAUCGACGCUGAGGUGCUUAACUCGCUCGCCGUGUCCAUGGACAACUUCCGGUACGCGAUGACCAAGUCGUCGCCAUCGGCUCUGCGCGAGACGGUAGUCGAAGUCCCGAACGUGACGUGGGGCGACAUCGGAGGCUUGCAGAGCGUCAAGCGCGAGCUGCAGGAACUUGUGCAGUACCCUGUGGAACACCCCGACAAGUUCCUCAAGUUUGGCAUGCAGCCUUCCCGUGGUGUGCUGUUCUACGGACCCCCGGGUUGCGGUAAAACUCUGCUGGCUAAGGCCAUCGCCAACGAGUGCCAGGCCAAUUUCAUCUCCGUGAAGGGCCCUGAACUGCUCACAAUGUGGUUCGGCGAAUCUGAGGCCAACGUGAGAGACAUCUUCGACAAGGCACGAUCGGCGUCACCCUGCGUGCUAUUCUUCGACGAGUUGGACUCCAUCGCCAAGUCUCGCGGUGGCUCCGUAUCGGACGCGGGCGGCGCCGCGGACCGCGUCAUCAACCAGAUCCUAACUGAGAUGGACGGCAUGGGCGCUAAGAAGAACGUCUUCAUCAUCGGUGCUACAAACAGACCCGACAUCAUCGACCCGGCUAUCCUGCGACCGGGCCGCCUGGACCAGCUGAUCUACAUCCCGCUGCCCGACGAGAAGUCGCGCGAGGCCAUCCUGCGCGCCAACUUGCGCAAGUCGCCCAUCGCUAAGGACGUCGACCUGUCCUACAUCGCCAAGGUAAAGUCACAGCAGCUUAUGUAAAGCCUGGUCUAAUGACCCCAAACUACCCAUCC